AUGAGUAUCAAAAGAAAAACAACGCUGAAACGGCAGUCACGAGGUCUGUGCGUGCGUGGCUACACGGAGCUUCCAGGCCGGCGAACACACCUACAUGCCCGGAGUGUGGCGCAGCCCAGCUCCCCGGGGGUUCCUGCGCUCGGGACCUCGCCGGAGCUCACCCCACAACCUGCUCACGCGCUAUCCCUCUGUAUCCCUUAUAAACCUUUGAUAGAAAAUAAGCUGGGAGACUGUCCCUCAACCGCUUUGCUGGUGGGCUCCGAGCCGUCUCAGACUCAGUGGGAUGACGGCUCCUUCCAACGCGGCUGCAAGCCGGGCCUGCUGCACGCUGGGGCUCCGAAGCCCUUUUUGCUCCCAGCAGAAACUGGGCUGGAACAGAAAGUUUUGGAAUUUUCUCACAAACCCAACCUGCAGACGUGUACUGCUCCUUUCCAUGAUGACCAGUGGAUGCGAGCAGAGGCAGCACUUGGCAGUCAGGAGGGUCACACGGGAGCGGCGGGUGCAGACACCCCGGGCCAGACAUGGGUGCGCAGUCGUGCCUGUGCCGUGAGAAGGAAGCAGAGACCAGGCGAUGAUGCCUGUGUUCACGAGGCCUCGCACCCUGCAUUCAGACCAGAGCUCCUGGUGCCACACGCCCUCCCACACCGGCACCUGACGGCUCUGUGGGCAGAAGCCCGGCGGCAACUCUCAACUCAAGAUGGCGGCCCCCAGCCACGCGCGGAACCGCUCCCCGCAGCCUGCAGCUUCAGGGCUGAGCGCUCCCGCGAGACCUCCGCCAGCCCCGCCCACCGCCGCGAGACCCGGAAACAGCCGGGCGCGCAGCCUGCCGGGAGAGCGUGUGGUUUUGAGCCCCAGUUCUUACCUUUCGGCUUUAUGGUCCAAGAGGAAGCGACACCCGGCAGGAGGACUACUGUGCAUCCCUGUCUUGAAAAGCAGCCCAAGCUGUGCCCUGGUGUUGUCGCCCUGACCAGUGGGAACAGGAAGCCAGCAUUAGAAACGUCCCUGCUGGGCCAGGGACUCCUUUGUGCGGUAGCCCUCCGCAAGCUCCAGCUGAAAGGUGUUGGCCUUCCCGCUGCGCCCUGGCGGGGUCCUGGGGUGGCCGGAACGGGGCGGAUGCGGUGCGGCUGCCGCCCCGGCUGGGAGGGGAGACGAGGGUGCGGCUCCAGCGGCCCCUCCAGCCCCGAGCCCCAUGCCCGCCCCGGGUUCAGGGACAGCGCGGUCAGUGCGGUGCAGCGAUACAGUUGA